AUGAUUUCUGGCUCUGAUAUUUCGAGGGUGUUCAAUCCCACUUCAGAUAGCCUUGGUGCUUCAAAUGGGAUUUCAAGAGGCGGGUUUGCAUCACCGCAUUCGUUGGAUUCGGAUAUUGAGAAGGAAGAACUUGUUAAGUCCCCUGCAAUGAUAGUACAUAAAAAGAUUCGCGAGGCCAAAGCUUUAGCGGCUUUGAAGAACCAUAGAGAAGCAGAAAAGAGGAGAAGGGAGAGAAUUACUAGUCAUCUUGCUACCCUCCGUGAACUUGUGCCUUGCACCGCAAAGAUGGAUAAAGCAACAUUACUAGCUAAAGUUAUUAGCCGAGUGAAGGAAUUGAAGAAGAAUGCAGCGGAAGCAAGCAAAGGUUUUCUAAUUCCCAUGGAUGCUGAUGAAGUGAAAGUAGAACCAUCUUAUGAUGGAUCAAUGUCUUACAGGGCAUCUGUUUGCUGUGAUUAUCGACCUGAGCUACUAUCUGAGCUAACACAAACUCUUGAAGCCCUUCAACUACAAUUGGCACUGAGUUUUGUAUUGGAUAAGGCUUCUAGCUCAAUGGAGUACUCGCUAACAACUUCAAAUCCAAGCAAGCGUUCAAGACUCUGCUAUGCAAAAUAUAAUUUUAUUCUCAAGUUGAAGUUGUCGCUGUCAUUGCUGAUAUAUAUUGCCAUUGCUAGCGUAGUCUUUUGA